UCCACGGACACACUCAGCCGGAAUCGUCCUGGCCUGCGGACCUCGAAUCGGCCGCGCAACUCUAGGUCUUAACAGGCAGCUCCCGAAUCCCCGGCGCUCCCAUCACCACCUUCACGUCCCCGUCAACAUGGCGUUCUUAAUUCUAGUCAUUGGCGAUCUCCACAUCCCAGAUCGCGCCCUCGACAUCCCCCCAAAGUUCAAGAAACUCCUCGCCCCAGGAAAGAUCGGCCAGACCCUCUGCCUAGGCAACCUGACAGACAAGCACACGUACGAGUACCUCCGCACCAUCGCCCCGGACCUCAAGAUCGUCAAAGGCCGCUUCGACGUCGAGGCCACCAGCCUGCCCCUCACCCAAGUCGUCACCCACGGCUCCCUGCGCAUCGGCUUCCUCGAGGGCUUCACCCUCGUCUCCAACGAGCCCGACCUCCUCCUCGCCGAGGCCAACAAGCUCGACGUCGACGUCCUCUGCUGGGGUGGCACCCACAAGUUCGAUGCCUUUGAGUACAUGGACAAGUUCUUCGUCAAUCCCGGCAGCGCCACGGGCGCCUUCACUGCGGGCUGGGGCAAGGACGGGGAGGAGCCCGUCCCGAGCUUCUGUUUGAUGGACGUACAAGGGAUUUCUCUCACUUUAUACGUGUAUCAACUACGGAAAGAUGACAAAGGCAACGAGAAUGUUGCUGUAGAAAAGGUGACAUACACGAAGCCCGUGGAGCCAUCGGCGGCAGCAUGAGUCAAUGGCGCAAUGAACGAGAGAGGAGGGCGUUUAAUCAAGGACGUGGACAUUUGCAAGAAAAAAGUGGAAGAUCCAGCCAUCAUCGACUGGUUGUCAUGAUUCAAGACACCACACAGGAACGUAGGCAAAUGAUGAUCAUGAUAAUAAUAUAAGUUUCAGACAGCCAUUCUCUAGGGCGUCA